AUGUCUACAGGCUGGCCACGGCUUGGUGCCAGAACUCGACCAUCAAGAGUCUCCUCGUUGUCUACAGAUUCGAAUGUAGACUGCGAAAGCCCGAAACCAAAGUGUGAAGCGUUGCCCGCAGACACCAAUGAAGACCGCCAAUCAUCAAGACCUAUGUCAUACGCCGAUGUCUUGAAGGGACCCCAAUCACCAAAAGCUGAAUCACCGGCUGGAGAUAUCGAUAACGAAUCCCAGUCAUCAAAGACUGCAUCACUGUCCGGAGAUUCCGAUGAUGAACCUCAGUCGCCGCAACCACCAGAAAGGCCUGCAAACUCAAUUCCGUUUCGUCUUCUCCAUCCUCAAUCCUCCAGGCGCCAUGACAACCCCUGGAUCGGAACCCUUCAAUACCGAGUUUCUGCCUUGGUCAACAGCAUUGAGAUCGCCCAAGCCAAUGCAUUACCAUUCGGGAAUCAUACAAAUAUGAGAGAGCCCCUGCCAUUCGUCAUGGACCGGAACCUUUCAGCAUUACUCGUUCGGUCAAACAUGCGUUUGGUCGCAGAGUGGAUCAUCGAACUGCAGAUGAACGGGGUAUCUCAGUUUGAUGGAUUGGAAGACAUUAUUAAACACCUCAACUUCUUCGGUGACCAUUGGAGUGUAGAAAAUCAUGUCCCUCUACUUUUGCAGAUGAUCCAGCGUCUCAUAUCACAUUUGGUGGGCUGA